UCGCCCCAAUCGCCGGAGUCUCAGUUUACAUCUCGCGGAAAGAGUAAAUCCAUCAGCAAUCCGAGAAUGUGGAAGUAUCUGGUUCUCUUCUGGGGGCUCUGUCUGUUUGGCUGCAGUGUGGCACCAUGUCAGGGCUAUACCACGCGGUGUGUGCGAAGCCUGCCCCUGCCGCUCUAUCACUUCAUACCCGUCCGCCUCUACACCCCGCAGUCGCUGCUCGAGGGACUGAAUCAGGAGGAACUGCUGCGAGAGCGAAGACAACAGCAGAUCGUACAGGAGGUCAUUGUAGAGAAUAAUUUUGGUGGAGGAUUUGGUGGGCCUUCGUUUGGACCGCCCCCGUUCGGACGACCUUCGUUUGGCGGUGGAGGCUUUGGGCCUGGCAGAUUCGGACCUGGUCGAGGCGGUGGAUUUGGAGGAGGUUUCGGUGGAUCCUUUGGCGGUGGCUUUGGCGGUGGAUUUGCUCGCAGUUACAAACAGGAGGAAGAGAAGGCGCAAGUGCCUCUAUAUAGCGCUCCUGCUGCUCCAUGUGCUGCUCCAAGUGCUGCUCCAUAUUCUCCUCCUGCUGCUCCCCCUGCACCUCCUGCUCCCAGUGGCAUCUCCGCGCCGGAAUGCCCAAAGAACUAUGUCUUCUCCUGUGAGGCUGUCAUCAAGCCCGUGCCUUGUGCUGCUUCCAGCUCUUGUGGUUAUUGAGAGAAGCAAACGACUGACUAAUAAAACAAAGAGAUUUGAAUGGGAA